AUGGUCCUGGCGUAUGUCGAGAGCACCAUGAGCGCGCUCAGCAUCCCCUCUGGCGAGCUGCAGCCGCUGCUGGCGCGCCCCUCCACCUCCGAGUGCGACGUCCUCGCAUGGGCGCAGUCCAAGGUGGCCGCCCACCCCGCGAAGGACGCGGCCGCGCCGCACCUGGACCGCAUCGCGCGCCUGCGCCGCAGCCUCGGCGCCGCGUCCCGCAGCUGGCAGCAGCCGCGCUCGCCGCUGGACCUGCUGCUGCUGCGCGUCGGCGGCACGGCGCUGGCGGCGCGGCUGGCGGUGCUGCCCGAGGCGGCCCUGGAGGGCCUCCCCGAGUACGCGCUGGCGGCCGCUGAGCUGGCACGCCGAUCGGGCGACGCCGAGUCCGACCAGGAUGUGCGCGGCGCCCUCCGCGGCGCGGCGACGCAGCUGCUGGCGGCCACACCCCUGGAGGUGCUGAAGCACCCUGGGUUCUGGCGCCACCUGCGGCCUGCGGUUGAGGCAGUCGCGGGCAUGCAGAAUGAGCUGAGGCUGGCGGCGGGGGCCGACACGGUCGCCGUGGUGGACGCCCUGACGCGGGGCCACGAGCUGGUGGCUGCACUGAUCGGCCCCGAGGCCUUGGAGGCCGCGGUGCAGCUGGCCGCCACGGCGCCGCUCGGCAUCGGCGACGGGCAGGGGCUGCCGGAGGCCGGGUGGCUCGAGGGCGCAGCGCCCGGCGACGUGGCGCAACUGCGGCUUGCGCAGUGGGUGGCCGCGCAGCUGGGGUUGUCGGUGUUCAUGGGCUGCGGCAACGCGCCGCCGAGCUGGGACCUGGUGCGGCGCGCGGCGCUGGUGGUGCCCCCGCUGCCGGAGCUGCCGGCGUCGCUGGUCGCGGCCUUCCAGGCGGCAGCUCCCAGCCUGCUGGAUGCGCUCGCCACGCAGCCCCUCGCGGCGCUGGCGGGGGGUAGGGUGGACUUCUGGCAGCUGCUGGCCGAGGGUGACGAGGCGGGGCAGGCGCUCGCCGCCGAGCUGCGGGCCUGGCGCGCCGAGCGGGCCGUUGCAGGAUGCGUGGCGGUGCUGUCGUCCCUCACGCGCGCCGAGGUGGAGGCCCUCACGCCGCAGCAGGUGGCGGCCGUCCAGGGCCGCGUGGCGGAGCUCGGCGUCGCCGCGCGGCGCCUGUGGGACGGCGGCCUCGCGGCGGCCGCGGCCGGCCGCAGCCCGGUGCACCCCUCCACCCUCGCCGCCCUGUCGGCCGGGAGCCGCCGGGACGACGCCGCCGCUGCGCUGCAGGCGGCGCCCACCGCGGACAGCGGCGCGCACUGGGAGGCGCUGCAGCCGCUGGCAUGGGCGCUGCACACCAGGGGCGGCAGUGGGGCCUCCGCGGCGCGGCUGGUGGCUGCCGUCCUGGAGGGCAGCCGGGCGGCGUUUGAGGCGGAGGCUGCCGGCGUGGUGCAGGCGGCUGACGUGAUCGAUGACCUCAGAGUGGCCUUCCAGCUGGAGGCUGAGGUGGCGCGCCUGGACAGCGUGGUGCGGCCGGACAGGCUGCUGUCGGGGGAGCUGGACAGGCACCUGGAGGCGCUGCUGCCAGAGACCCCUGCGCUGCGGCCGCUGCAGAGGCAGCUGCUCUUCGGUUCAGCAGAAGCCGGUGGCGGUGGUGGUGGCCGCGGCGGCGUCUACCACGACCCACAGCAGGCGCAGUCGCUGCUGCCGGCGCUGCUGUCGUUCCUGGGGCAGUCCGCCGUUGACGCGGAGGCGCGCGCCGGCGGCCCGCCCGGCGACGCGGCCCGCGGCCUGCUGCGCUCGUGGCGCGAGGCGUCGGCGCGGCUCGCGGAGGCGCCCAAGCUGGUGCCUGCGGCGCUGCAGGGCUUGUUUGGCGGGCUGCUGGCCCUGGGCAGUGACGCCGACGACACGCGGCUGGGCGCGCUGACGGCGCAGGAAGCGGAGGCGCGGGUGGGGGAGCUGCAGCGGCAGCUGGCGGGCUUUUUGGCGGCGUGGGACGCAGAGGUGGCGGUCCAGGCUGACAGCAACGGCAUCGGCGGCGGCGCGGAGGUGACGACGGCGCCGGACGGCGUGCGGCGGCCGGGUUGGCAGGCCUCGCAGCUGUCUGGCAGCGUGCUCGGCGACCACGCGAGUGUCAAGACGCUGAUGGAGUUGGUGGGGGAGGAGGAGGCGCUGGGCAUAAUGGCGGCGCACGGUGGCCGCGGGCGCGACGGUGCGCCAGGGGACGACUCGCGUGACGACGGCGACGCGCAGCCGUACGAGAUGCUGGAGCUGGUGCAGCGCGACAUCCACCUGCAGCGCUACCUGGCGAACGAGUUUGACCCGAGCCUGGGAGUCGACCUGGUCAACGCCCCCCUGGGCUGGCGCGAUCCCCGGCUGAGCGAAGAGCCUGCCUCCUGGCUGGAGGGCAUGCGGCCGCUGCUGGACGACUACCUUGCGGCACAGGGAGAGAGGCCCACGCACGACAUUGAGUGGAAGGUGUACAGCGAGAUGGCGCUGUCAGAGGCGGAAGACGCCCAGGCGCAGCACGAGGCGGGGCUCCGCGCGCGCGGCCACAGCGCGAUGCACUCCUCCGCCGCAGACGCGGCCUACCUGCGCCAGCGCCUCGACGCGGCCGUGCCGGCCGGGUCGGUGCUGGGUCCCGCGGCGCGGCGCUACCUGGACGCCGUGCUGCAGAACAGCAGCUGGACGUUUGCCCAGCGGCGGCGCCUGGUGGACCGGCUGGGGGAGAUCGCGGCGGCCCUGGCAGCGAACCCGCCGAAAAGCUUCCGGGGAUCACCCUUCUCCGCAGUGUUGCAGCCAAACGGGCCGCCGGCGGUGCCGCGGCUCAGCCAGCCACCGGUUGGGCGGGGCGCGCGGAGGGGGGUGGCGCUGGCCAUGGGUGUGGUGGAGGGCAAAAGCACGGUACGCGCGGCAUCUCAAUAG